AUGCAAUCUUCUCAUCAUUUGGAUGUUUUACGUGGACGGUGUCAAGAACUUCCAAAUGUUCGAUCGAAAAUAGUUCGUAUCUUUCUUAGUUCGACAUUUUCAGAUACGUUAUGCGAACGAGACUCAUUGAUCGAAAGUGUAUUUCCUAGAUUAAAAGAUUAUUGUCGUGAAAAAUAUGGUCUCGAAUUUCAAUAUUCUGAUAUGCGAUGGGGCAUUGAAACAGAAUCAUUCGAUAAUCAUAGCGAAGUUCAAACAUGUCUCAAUGAAAUAGAACUGUGCAAAAAAUACUCAGUGGCUACAAAUUUUGUGGUUCUCUUAAGCCACCGUUAUGGGUCACGACCAACACCAGCCAUGAUUCGUGCAUCACUUUUUGAAGAGUUGCUUGAGAUCAUUCGUUCGGAUCCAAACCUGAACGCUGAUGCUGAAUUACUUUCAGAAUGGUAUCAACUUGAUACGAAUAGUGUACCGGCUGCGUAUAUACUUCGUCCUAUAUCGACGAAACUACCAAACAUCAAGUCUCGAAAUACAGAAGAGAUGAAACAAGCUGAUAAAGAAUGGCAACAAAUUAAUGAUCGUAUUCGAACAUGUUUUCGACAAACAGCAGCCAAAUGUUUAGAACAAGGACAAAUUAAUGAGAAUGAAUAUGAUGAUUUUUUCAUAUCAGUUACAGAAAAAGAAAUCGUAAAAGGCAUUCUAUCAGCAUCGGAUGCUAACCAACGUACAUUGUGUUUUUUACGUGAAAUUGAAAAUAUUCAUGAUCAUUUAUCAGAUCGUAAAGCAUCAAAAUUUGUUGAUUUACAAUAUUUGAAUGAUGGAGAACCGAUUGUAGAUAAUGAAGCUGAACAAUUACUUAAUCGUUUAAAGAAUAAACGUAUUCCGAAAAUAUUACAACCGAAUAACAUAUUUUCAUACAAAGUACGUUGGAAAUCAGAUGGUAUAAAUCGACGUGACCAUGUCGAAUACAUAUCACAAUUCAAUGAGGACUUCUACAAUGCCAUCAAACAACAAGUUGAUGAUUGUGCCAAAUCUCGUGUCAUGAUGGUUUCCGAUCCAUUGCAACAUGAAAUAUUAGAACAUGCUAUACAAUGCAAAACGUACGUGGCUAAAUUUCAUGGUCGAACUGAUGUUUUAAAUAAAUUAAAAGAUUAUAUCAAAAAUGACAAUGAAAAUCGACCAUGCAUUGUCUAUGGAGCUUCUGGUUGUGGAAAAACAAGUGUAUUGGCUAAAGCUGCUACUGAAGCAUUGAAAUGGUGGUCCGAUCGAUCUGUUUCAGUCAUUUUACGUUUUCUUGGAACAACGCCUCCUUCAUCAACAAUCUACAAAACUAUGCUGUCGAUAUCAAAACACAUUUGUGCAUUAUACCAUCUACCGAUGGAAAUUUAUCCUGAUGUUAUAAAAUUACGUUAUCAAUUAGAAACUAGUCUAUUUAUGCAAAUACCUGAUAAUGAAUAUCUUAUUAUUUUACUCGAUUCAAUCGAUCAACUACAAACAGAUGGAUAUGAUUGUCAAUGGUUGCCUGGAUUAUUUCCAAAGAAUGUUAAAUGUAUCGUAUCAACAUUACCGGAUCAUGGUAAUAUUUUAUCAAAUUUACAAAUGAUUAUCAAUCAUAAUCCAUCUAUGCCGAAAGAUACUGAACAUUUACUUGUCUUAGUAUCACCUUUUCAAGCAUCUACAGUAGAAAUAGUUUAUAAUGAUUGGCUUGCAAUGAAGCAACGUUCAUUGAGCAAUGAACAACGUUCGUUUAUUCAAAAUUUAAUGGCAGAACGAACUGAAAUUCUUCCUCUAUUUAUGAAACUCGUUUUUGAUAUUAUUUUAACUUGGCAUUCAUAUGACUUUAUAGAUUUUGAACUACGAAAAUUAAAGUCAGUCGAUGAUUGUAUUCGUUAUCUUUUUAAUCAUCUAAAAACUGUUCAUAAUCCUAUUUUAUUCCAUCGUGCUAUAUGUUAUAUGACGGCAUGCCGAAGUGGCAUUAGUCAAAAUGAACUCGAAGAUGUGCUUUCACUUGAUGAUGAUGUUCUUAAAAGUGUUUUUCAACAUUAUAUACCACCUGUAAGACGAUUACCUGGCAUUUUAUGGACAAGAAUUAGAAAUGAUUUAGAUGAAUAUAUCACAGAAAAAGAAGUUGAUGAUUCAUCAGUGAUCUAUUGGUAUGAUUUAACAUAUUUCUAUGUUAAGAUUUAA